AUGAAUACGAGGGCUAAUCGAAGGAGAGCGGAAGAAGGGGUAGUUGAUGAGGGAGUUCCUCUCCAAGGCUCAAGAAUUGGAGAAGAUCCCCAAGGAUUCUUUGAUGAGAUUUACAAAAUUGUGGAUGCUAUGGGAGUAUCUUUUAGAGAGAAAGCGGAAUUUGCUUCAUACCAAUUGAAGGAGGUGGCCCAAAUUUGGUACACUCAAUGGAAGGCAAAUAGGUCAGAGGAAGCGGGUCCUAUAGAGUGGGAGGAGUUUAAGGAAGCAUUCUUGGAGUCUAAGAUGACUAGGGUGAGGAAAGAUUUAAAAAGGAGUAGGUAUGAGGAUCAAGGACAACCUAGGUUUAAGAAGAGGGCUCCAAAUCAAGAUUUCUCAAGUGCUCCUAAGGUUAACCAUGAAGGAGGUGGUGGUUCUCAAAUUGCUAAGCCUACUUGUUCCACUUGUGGAAAGAAGCAUUUUGGGAAGUGUCUAUCCGGCACUAGUGGUUGCUAUGGCUGUGGGAAAAAUGAUCACAAGGUGAGAGAUUGUCCUUAUAAUGUGUCUAAAGGAAGGAAUGCUAGGCAAACUCCUUAUAGUGGUCCUAGUGUUGAUGGUCAAGCAAGGAAUCGUUUCUAUGCUCUCCAAGCUAACAAGGAAGCAAAUCCGGAUGAAGGUGCCGAUAAGUCAUAG